ACGACUCAGUAGGAACAGGAAUUGCAUUGGAUGCUCCCGUCCUGUUCUGCAUGGAACAACGGCUGGUCGUAUCGUGUUAUUUUCAUUUGCUUUAAAAAAAAAAAAAAAAAAAAAAAAAUCUACCCGUUCCAUUCUACCACACAGUUCUCUGUACUGCGUCGUGCAUUGCGGGCAAACAGCAGUGCCUUUAAACGCUCUUAGCAUGCUGCUGUUUCAUCUACCAGAGGAUGUGUUGUAUCACAUAUUGUCUUAUUUGGACUGCAAAACACUGAGUCGUCUCUCUCAGGUGUCUAAAGCAUUUUGCCACAUUGUUAGCCGCGAUGUGGUGUGGAAGAAGAUCGCCAAAGAGUUGUUAAACACUGGAAUAACUCGAUAUUGGACAGACAUAUAUCCUCACAUCCUGCUGAAGGACCGAGUGAAGAUUGCUCAAAACUGGUAUCAUGGUGUCUGUAAAAGGGCUACACCUUUGAAAUGGAAAACAAAAUUGUUGCCAUGGUUACAGCUGGAUGGGGACACACUAUUUUUGUCUCAGGCUGCAGAAAUUAGAGCCUACCCUCUGCGCCAAGACUGCAGGAGGAUACAGCGUAACCCUAUAAAAAUCUACUCUGGCCACCAGGCUGAUGUCUGCAGAUUUGUUCUUACUGAAUCUCACCUGAUCAGUGGCGGAAGUGAUGGCAAGAUUAUGGUCCAUGGUCGGAGAAGUGAAAGCCCAAUGAAGUUAUUCGGUCAUAAUCAGGAAGUAAAUUGCAUUGAUUCAAAAAAUGAACUAAUCAUCAGUGGAUCUAGAGACCAAACAACCCAGAUCUGGACACUGACCUCCAGCUGCCGCAGAGCCGUAAUUCCCUUGUAUGACAGAGUCUGGUCUGUAGCAAUUAAUCCUGCACUGAGUUCCUUUGUAACUGGUACUGCUUGUUGUGAGAACUUCUCCCCUCUACGCAUGUGGGAUGUUGAACGGUUGGAGUGUGUCUCCAGUCUGGGUUCAGGUUUCCGUCGAGGGGCUGGUGUGUUGGAUAUGGUAUUUGAGACACCUUUUCAGCUCUUCACCUGUGGCUAUGACACGUUUAUUCGACUCUGGGACCUUCGCCUAAGUCCGCAUAAGAAUGUAAUGGAGUGGGAGGAACCUCAUGACAGUGCCUUAUACUGCAUGCAAACAGAUGGAAAUCACAUGAUAGCCAGCGGCUCCUCCUACUAUGGUGUUGUUCGACUCUGGGACAAAAGGCGGACUGAAUGCUUACAGUUUUUCCAGUUGAGCUCUGACCCAGUGAGCAGCCCAGUAUACUGCUUGUGUUUUAGCUGCUCUCACCUGUAUGCAGCCCUGGCCACUGCACUCCACUCAUUAGACUUCAGACACAACCUCAACAUCACCAUCAGGUGACAAAUAAAAGUAUUUAUUUUGCACCUCAAAUGUGUUCCUG